AUGUUCGCAUCAGGGAUAUUAGCAGCCGCAGCUUGCGCAGCUGCCGGUGUAGACCGAGCUUAUGCAGACGGGCCGCUUAAUUUUUCCCCUUUCUCGAAUUCAGCUUCGGUGGCUCCCCAGGCGGCGCCGGAACCUCCGGCCAAGCCGCCGUCAACUCAGCCGGCGGAGUCCCGUGCUCGAAACGACACCCCUCGGACGACUUCUGCUGGGUUCGACCCUGAGGCAUUGGAGAGAGGUGCCAAGGCGUUGAGAGAGAUCAGUGGCUCUUCACAUGCUAAAAAGGUAUUUGAACUGAUGAAAAAGCAAGAAGAGACCAGGCUGCAAGAGCUAGAAUCAAAAUCGGCAGAGUUCAAGGCACUGCAAGCUCAAGCUGAAACUGAAAAACAAAGGGUGGUGUAUGACGAACAAAAAAAACUAGCCCAGCAACAGGCACAAGUAAAAUCACAGAUGGCCCGCUAUGAAGAUGAGUUGGCAAGGAAAAGGAUGCAGGCGGAGAAUGAGCACCACAGAGCAAGAAAUCAAGAACUCGUUAAAAUGCAAGAGGAAUCGGCAAUGAGGCAGGAGGCUGCCAGACAGGCAACAGAAAAUCAGAUUCAAGCUCAACGUCGCCAAACAGAGAGGGAGAAGGCUGAGAUUGAACGCGAAACUAUCAAGGUGCGGGCUAUGGCCGAGGCAGAGGGACGGGCCCACGAAGCCUCACUUGCGGAGGAAGUUAAUAAACGAAUGUUGGUCGAGCGUGCUAAUGCUGAAAGAGAGAAAUGGGUUGCCGCCAUCAACACAACUUUUGAUCACAUUGGAGGGGGUUUGAGAGCGAUUUUGACAGAUAAGAAUAAACUGAUUGUAACUGUAGGAGGCAUAACAGCUCUUGCAGCAGGGGUCUAUACUACACGAGAAGGAGCUAGAGUAAUUUGGAGCUAUGUGGACCGAAUACUGGGACAACCAUCUCUGAUAAGAGAGUCCUCCCGAGGGAAAUAUCCAUGGUCUGGCCUAUUUUCACGUGCAAUGAGCAAUGUUACAGGUGCUAGCAGGAGAUUGAGCUCCCAAAGUGGGAACGGGUUUGGUGAUGUUAUUUUGCAUCCUUCUCUUCAGAAACGGAUUCAACAGUUGGCCAGUGCAACAGCUAAUACGAAAGCACACCAGGCACCGUUUAGAAAUAUGCUCUUUUACGGGCCACCAGGAACAGGGAAAACAAUGGCUGCUAGAGAACUUGCCCGUAAAUCUGGCCUUGACUAUGCAUUGAUGACUGGAGGAGACGUUGCCCCUUUGGGCUCUCAGGCUGUCACGAAGAUACAUCAAUUAUUUGAUUGGGCGAAGAAAUCCAAUAGGGGUUUGCUGCUUUUCAUCGAUGAGGCAGAUGCAUUCUUGUGCGAGCGGAACAAAACGUACAUGAGUGAAGCCCAACGAAGUGCACUCAACGCACUUUUAUUCCGGACGGGCGACCAGUCAAAGGACAUAGUCCUUGCCCUUGCCACCAACCGCCCGUCAGACCUCGACUCAGCUGUGGCUGACCGUAUAGACGAGGUCCUCGAGUUCCCUCUCCCGGGGCUUGACGAGCGGUUCAAGCUCCUCAAGCUCUACCUUGACAAGUACAUUGCGCGGGCCGGGAAUAGGCAAUCGGGCCUCUUCUCAAAAUUCUUCGAUAAGCAGCAGAAGGAAAUCGAGGUCAAGGGUCUAAGCGAUGAUGUAAUCAAGGAGGCGGCUGAUAAGACGGAGGGGUUUUCGGGAAGGGAGAUUGCAAAGCUUAUGGCAAGCGUGCAGGCGGCUGUGUACGGUAGCGAAGAUUGUGUGCUGGAUGCUAACCUGUUCCGGGAGGUGGUGGAUUAUAAGGUUGCUGAGCAUCAGCAGCGGAAGAAGCUUGCUAGUAGUGGUGAUGGGGGAAGUAAUUGA